AAGCAAACGCUCAGCGCCUUCCUUCCAGCUCCGUCCAUCCAUCCAUCCUACUCCCUUUGAAGCUGCUGCUCCUAGCUAGGUAGUUCGGUCUCCAGUAUACCCUUGGCUCCUUGCAUCCUCUAUGUCUCGUGUGAACAACUGAUCGAGAGGCAGAUCGACAAGAAGGAUGGCGGACAUGAUCCUGGGCUCCGCCCAGGGUGCCGUUGACUCGCUGCUGGGGCGCCUGACAUCAGUCCUCGUGGAGGAGGCGCAGCUGCUGGGAGGUGUCCGUGGCGACGUGCAGUUCAUCAAGGACGAGAUGGAGAGCAUGAACGGCUUCCUCAUGCACGUCGCCGAGGCCACCGGCGACGACGACGACGACCACCACCAGGUCCGGGCGUGGAUGAAACAGGUGGCGGAGGUCGCGUACGCUUCCCAGAACAGCAUCGAUCUCUACGUCCAGAGCCUCCGCGUGGGUACGAGCCGCAGGGAGCCAGGCUUCCUGGGUUAUCUGCGACGGCUGCCCAGGCUUGUUUGGACGCUGCCGACGCGUCACCGCGUCGCGACGCAGAUCCGGGAACUCAAGAUCCGGUCCUGCGAGGUCGGGGAGAGACGCGUGAGGUACGACGUCAGAGCCCCUGACCGCGGUAACCGUGAUGAUCUUCGUCGUGCAAGUACCAAAUCGGCAUUGUGGCAGGCUGCCCGCGGAGACAAUGACGCCAAGGAGCAGGAAGAUGCUCGACGGCGUGCCCUAGCUGAUGCUCAACAGUCCAACGGUUACAGGGGCAUCAUCAUCAAGUGGUUGAGGGAUGAAGAAGAUAGCCAUGGUGAACAACACAAGGUCAGAGUCAUGGCAAUUACAGGAGCUGGUGACGCGGGAAAGACUUCCGUUGCGCGCAGUGCUUACCAAGAUGCCUUUGCCGUGAGUUCGUUUGACUGCCAGGCAUGGGUCCACGUAGGACAAGGAUCCAGUCAGACUAGGUUGCUACGGGAAAUCCUGGCACAAGUAACCGGUACGGCUUACAUGCCAGACUCCGAUGACAAAGAGGAGGUGCUCGUGGAGAAGCUUCUGCUGCAUCUGGAAGGAAAAAUGUUCUUGCUUGUUCUGGAUGAUGUCUGCCACACCUCUGUCUGGGAUUCCAUCAGAUCUCCUCUCUUUGAUAGGAACUGCUGUCCAGGUAGUGCAGUAAUAGUAACAACACGCAUUCAAGCUAUCGCCCGCUCAUUUGUUUCCAGUGCUUACCCAAAUAUCAAAUGCGGUUUCAAGUUUUCUGGUGAUUAUUUGGAGAGUAAGACAAUCUCUCUGCUCGAUAUCGACAAUAGAGGCCUUGAUCCGGAUGUCCAGAUGCUCCUAAAUGGACAAGGUCUCCCUGAUGCUGACCGAUCAUACAGCUAUAGGGAUGCAGUCGUCAGGUGGUUGGCGGAUGAACGAGAUGCUCAUGCUGAGCUCAGAGUCAUGGCAAUUGCAGGGGUGGGUGGCAUGGGAAAAAGUUAUAUUGCACGCAAAGCUUAUGAAGAUCCCGUUGCCAUGAGUUCGUUUGAUUGCAAGGCUUGGGUCAAUGUACAAGGCGAGUUCAGUCAGGCUAGGUUGUUACGGGAAAUUCUGGCACAAGUAACCGGCCGGGCAUACCUGUUGGACUCCGAUGAAAAAGAGGAGGUGCUCAGAGAGAAGCUUCUGCUUCAUCUGGAAGGAAAAACAUUCUUAGUCGUGCUCGAUGAUGUCUGGGACAGCUCUGUUUGGAGUUCCAUCAAAUCCGCUCUCUCUAACGGGAAUUGCGGACCUGGUAGUGCAAUACUAGUCACCACGCGUUCUGCAGCUAUGGCCUUCUCAGUUUAUUCUCGUGAGGCCUCAAAUCUCCAAUUCGGUUUCAACGUUUCUGAUGAUUAUUUCGCGACCAAGGCAACCUCUCUACUCUACAACAACAACAACAACAAUGACGUUGAUCUGCAUGUUUUAAGUGACAUUAUAAGACAACUGGACUCGCACUUCGCUGUUAGGUUGUUCCUUCGUGAUUUAUAUGUCAAUCCUAAUCAGAAUCAAGAGAAUUUACAAAGCCUGUGCGAUACACUGAGGGUCAAUGGCAACUCUAGCAUCUCAAGGCAAGUUCUGGUGCACGUGUACAGCAAACUACCCAGCGACUGCAAGAACUGUUUUCUGUAUCUGAGUAUUUUACCUGAGAAUACCACCUUCACACGCGCAAGAUUGCUACGGAGAUGGGUUGCUGAAGGCAUGAUAACAAAAAGGGGAAGGCUGGGUGCACUGGAUCAGGCCGAUCGCAAUUUCAAUCUGCUUGUUGCCCACGGGCUUGUUAUGCCUACAGACAUCGGUACUACUGGCAAGGUGAAGACCUUUACAUUGCAUGCUUUGGUCCAUGACUUUGUUAUGGAGAUUGCGAGAGGAGAGAACCUUUCAAAUGCAAACCUUCAGCCUGACUUGGCUCAUCGGCUUUCCAUUCGUAAUGAAGUCCAACUGCAACUAGCUGAAAAUAAUGCAACCCGUUCCAAAGCCAGCUGCUGGAACAUUUGCAACCAUUUCAAGGAGAGUGACCAAACACAAAUUGAUCAGUCUAAUGCCACUGAAAUGUUCUUGGAAUCCCUUUCUUCAUCAUCAACUCACUUGGGGCUUCUCGAAAUGCUUGAUCUAGAAGAUUGCAAGCAAUUGAAGGACCACCAUCUUAAGAACAUUUGCAACCAUGUGUUCCAGCUGAAGUACCUGAGCCUCCGGAAUACAAACAUAACUGAAUUGCCCAAGCAGCUUGACAAACUUCGGUACCUUGAGACUCUGGAUAUUCGACAAACAAAUGUUAGAGCUUUCGCCAAAAAUUCAGUUUUUCUUCCGAAAAUAAAGUACCUACUUGCGGGCCACCAUACAAACUGUAGAAGCCAAGGCAAUAACAACAACUCAGAAGAGACCUUUUUCACCGUUCAGAUGCCCAAACAUGUUGGCGGCAUGACAGAAGUGCAGGUUCUAUCUCAUAUUGCAGUUUCUGGAAGUGGUGAUGAGCUCAGUUACAUUGGUAAUCUACUGAGAUUGCGUAAGUUGGGCGUGGUUCUCAGUGGAUGUGACGGAGCAAUCUUCAGACACUUGUACCAUACAAUUGGAAAUCUGAGCAAAUGUCUUCGCUCUCUAUCAAUUCGGGCCAUACAGUUCACACCAAGCGAAGAGAAUGCAGGCAUGGACACGGAAGGGGUACCACCCAUACCUCCAAAGCAUCUUGAAAAGCUAGAAAUCAGUGGUCUGGGAAAUGGAUUGCCUCCAUGGAUUGAAAAGCUUGGGAUGCUUACCAAAAUAACUCUGCAUAAGGCUUCCUUAACCACCGGUGAUCUUAGCAUCCUUGGAAAACUUGCAAGCCUGUGUUGCCUUAGGCUUCGACAAAAGUCAUGUGUUGAAAGCAUGCUAACCUUCAAGACAGAAGAAUUUCUAAAUCUGAAGUUCCUUAUCAUCGAGUGCUCAGAAAUUAGCAGCAUCAACUUUGACAAUGGAGCCUCUCCUAAGUUGAAGAAGAUAGUUUGGUCUUCCACUGAAAAACAGUCUCUUUUCGGGAUCAAGUACCUGCCAGGACUACAAGAGAUCGAGCUGACGAAAGGCAAGUUUGACCUCAAAAGGAUGAAAGAAGAAAUUACAGCAAACAAAAACAAUCCUGUCCUCAAAAUAAAGUGAAUCAACACUUGGAAUCAAGACGCGGCAUAUAAAUAUCUGAUCCUUAAGUUAUCUUACCGCAUUCCUCAACAGUCUUAUUCUUGAGUACAAUCUCUUUCCAUUGUGUUCCACUCCUUGAUAUUUUAUUUUCUCUGUUAUUUGCAUGAGUUUCUAUGUACUACCAACUGAUUGAACUG